UCAGUGGCUUAAUUACAAGUAGCGAAGAAAGCUAAGGUGUGAGCUGCGCCUCUUUCUCUCUUCUCAAUCUCUCUCUAUACACAGAGAGAAGAAGGUGGUUCUUUGAUACAGUGAAAGCAGAAGGAAGGAGAGAGAUUUUGGAUCUGAAGAAAUGGCGGUGGAUCCGAGACAGAUUGUGGCCGGAGUGCUCACUGUUACAAUGUUUGUAAUGCUGGGGAACAUGAUCAAGCGAGACCACUUCGAUUCUCUCCAGGAGAGCCGCUUGACUUCAACUAUUCAUGAUACUAACAAAGCUUCAGAGCUUUCACUUCCUGGGGGAGAUAGUCUUUGGAAAGGUGAUGGCUUAUCCUUGAAGCCGUGCUGGGAAAGACCAUCCCUGGGUGAUGGAGAUUUAUCAAAUGGAUAUGUGACCUUCUCGCUGAUCAAUGGUCCUGAGUAUCAUGUCUCACAGAUUGCUGAUGCAGUAGUAGUUGCAAGAUAUCUACGCGCAACUCUUGUGGUCCCAGAUGUUAGGGGAAGCAAUCCUGGUGAUAAGAGAGACUUCAAAGAUAUUUAUGAUGUUGAGCAGUUUGUUAAAAGCCUGGAUGGAGUGGUCAAAGUCAAAGCAUCUGAGCCCACUGGGCUCUCUUCAAAAAACCUUGCGGUGGUGAAGGUUCCAAAUAGGGUUACUGAAGAGCAUAUUGCAGAAAAUAUUGAGCCAAUUUUCAGGGAAAAGGGGAACAUUAGGCUGGCAACCUACUUUCCUUCAGUGAAUAUGAAGAAAAGUUCAGAAAGGACAAGCCUGGACUCAGUUGCAUGUAUGGCAAUGUUUGGAACCUUGGUGCUUCAACCAGAAGUACAUGAAGUAGUCGACUCAAUGGUUGAGCGCUUGAGGACAUUAAGUCGGAAGUCCAAUGGACAAUUUGUAGCAGUGGACCUAAGGGUUGAUGUUUUGGAGAAAAAGAAUUGUCAGGGAAAUGGUUCUCCAGGAUCAAAGAACUGCUACGGUCCACAGGACAUAGCCCUCUUCUUGAGAAAGCUUGGUUAUAGCAAGGACACAACGAUAUACCUGACUCAAGGCAGGUGGGAUGCCAGCCUCGAUGCAUUGAAGGAACUCUUUCCAAAAGUUUACACCAAGGAAACCAUAAUGCCCAUUGAUAAAAAAGCAAAGUUUCUCAACUCCGACGCAUCUGAACUCGAGAAGGUUAUCGACUUCUACAUUUGCUCCGAGAGCGAUGUAUUUGUACCAGCCAUCUCCGGCCUGUUCUACGCAAACGUGGCUGGUAAGAGAAUCGCUACUGGGAAGACUCAGAUACUGGUUCCAGCAGAUAUCCCCGGUUCUUCUGCUUCUUCAACCAACUACAUCUCCCAUUACGUCUCCAAGAAGAACCACUUCGCAUAUUCAUGUUUCUGCUAGGGUCACCGGAAACCCCAUUUUAGAGAGCUCUAGAGUGAUUGUUGCUGUUGCUGUUGCUGCCUGCUGACGUGGCUCGUGCAAUUUGUUAAGCUCUUAUUUGUAGAAGACAAGCAAGUUGAGUGUAGAUUGCAUUCCUAAAAUGACUCUUCUGCAGUCAUUUUUUUUCCUUCUUCCUGUUUAUGUGAAGAACAAAGUGUAGUCAACAGAUAGUUUUACAUUCCAAAAUUGUAUUAUGUUUAUUGGGAAAGCAAGUAGAGGAAACUCUUUGUGGUUUUUCUAUCAAUAUAUGCAUUUGUUGGGUAACUUUCCCUGUACAAGAGUAAGGUUGUAAUUGAGUUUCAGUAGGUUGACCUUUUAAAAUGAAUAAUGUUAUAUUAUGUUACGAAAUUCACUUUC